AUGAUGGAACAAAUUAACUGUCUUAAAAUGCUGAAGAGGCUCAUGAUGAUUUCAGGUAUUUGGCGAUUGCCCCUCGAAACUAAAUCUUUGCAGGGAUUAUACGACAAAUACUCCAUAGUAUUUCAGUGUUACUUUUAUUUAUUUGUUUUGAGUUUGGGUGUAGCGACGAUUAUAGUUUGGAAUAUUUCGAUGGACAUGGUGGUGGAGAACCUCGGAGUGUUGAUAUUGUGCGUGAUCAUGAUAAUCAAAAUUGGUAUCUGCCAGACUGACACAAUUAAAAGUUUGUUGAGGCACGUAUUUAAGAAAGAGGAGGAACUGAAGGCUUCCGAUGAUGAGGAAUCCAAGCAGAUUUACAUUAGAUAUCAGAAUGUGGCGUUUGUGAUCACAAGAAUUAUCGUAAUUCACACCAUCUCCGUUGGUGUCAGCCUUCUUCUCACCAAAUAUCUUUUCUACUGGAACAUGGAGAAAAAUCAGUCGUAUCCAAACGUAACAUUGUACAGGAAAAAGCCGUUACCCUACAUAACUUGGUUGCCGUUCGACAGCGACCAACAUUUUAUUACAGCCUUCGUUUUGCAUUCCAUUUCUGCAUUUAUGGGUGUCAAUUACAAUUCUGUUACGGCCAUUUUUUUCUUAAGCGUGAUGAUUUUCAUUUGCGGCCAGUUGGCUAUUUUACAGCACAAAAUCAGAAUAUUGGAUACAACGUUGCAUAACUCCAAUUGGAAGAACGUUACCAAUGAGUUGAGGGCCUUGAUCGUCGACCACAAAACGAUUAUUGAGUAUUCUGAAAAGUUCAACAACGCCGUUAAAAUGAUUUUACUUUUAGAUUUCACUUUGAACUCACUGCAAGUUGCUUCUUUAAUUUUCCAAUUAAUCACUAUGGAGUUAAACGUGGUUAUGAUUUUUCUGGUGAUAUAUCUCACUUUGAUGGUGUUGCAAAUUUUCUUGCUCUCUUGGCAGGCCAACGAAGUUAAAGAACAUAGUUUACGCAUCGCAGAUGCUAUUUAUGAUCAUGCCUGGCAUGAACAGAUAAUUUCUAUAAGGAAAACCCUUCUAAUGAUGAUGAUGCGUUCCCAAAAACCUUUAACUUUGACCAUUGGUCCGUUGUACGCUAUAACCAACAGCACAUCUUUAACGGUAUUUUGA